AUGCAAUCACCCGCCCGCCAGCGAAGGCGGAGCUCGCACCGCCCGGAGGGACGGGGCUGCCCGGCAGCGCCGCGCCGCUGCCGCAACGCCCAGCCACGCAGCAGCCGGACGGGCACCGAGCUUCCGUUAAAAAAAUGUAUCGAUACUUUCAAACGUUUUAAACUUCAGUUAAGGACGUAUUUUGAAGCAAGUUUUAUUCGCCUGAUUGACAAAGUGACCAACGGCUCUCGGAUUGAAAUAAACCAAACAGGUACUACCUUGUAUUAUCAGCCUGGUCUUCUGUAUGGAGGCUCAUUGGAACAUGACUGCAGCCCCAGUCGUAGUAUUGGCUACUAUUUGGAAAGUCUGCUCUGCUUGGCACCUUUCAUGAAACAUCCAUUGAAGAUUGUCCUGAGGGGAGUAACAAAUGACCAAGUAGAUCCUUCGGUUGAUGUCCUUAAGGCAACAGCUCUACCCCUGCUGAAGAAGUUUGGAAUUGAUGGUGAAAGUCUAGAAAUCAAGAUCAACCGGAGAGGAAUGCCUCCCAAAGGGGGUGGAGAGAUACUGUUUGCUUGCCCAGUGAGAAAGGUCUUGCAGCCCAUUCAGUUCACAGACCCUGGCAAAAUCAAGCGUAUCAGGGGAACUGCAUACUCUGUCAGAGUGUCACCACAGAUGGCAAACAGAAUGGUGGAAUCUGCAAGGAGCAUCCUGAAUAAAUUUCUCCCAGACAUUUAUAUCUACACGGAUCACAUGAAGGGGGUGAGCUCUGGAAAAUCGCCAGGUUUUGGCAUGUGCCUUACUGCAGAAACCAUCAACGGCACUAUUCUCAGUGCUGAGCUAGCCUCAAACCCUCAGGGCCAGGGAGCAGCUGUGCUUCCUGAGGAACUUGGCCAGAAUUGUGCUAAGCUGUUGCUUGAGGAGGUCUACAGGGGAGGCUGUGUAGAUUCAACAAAUCAGAGCCUUGCUCUUCUCCUCAUGACCCUUGGACAACGAGAUGUUUCCAAAGUCCUGUUAGGACCUCUGUCUCCAUACACAAUUGAGUUUCUGCGACACCUGAGAAGCUUCUUCCAGAUCAUGUUUAAAAUUGAAACAAAGACCCCUGAGGAAGAGCACAUGGGCGGGGAGAAAGUCUUAAUGACGUGUGUUGGCAUUGGAUUUUCCAACCUUAGCAAAACUAUAAGAUAAGAAACAUCUGCAGACUUCAUGAAAUGGGGUGACAGAAAACACUGCGAAGAUCUGAUAAAAACCUGCCUUUCCCUGUGCUUAUUCUGGCACAGGAAAACCAGUGAUGAUUCCAGUGCAGAGGUACCCAAGCUUGCUGCAUGUAAACAAUAAAGCUGACUUUAAGCA